UUCUAAUUUCAUUUUCAUAAAAAAUCAACAGCAAUGGGAUACGACAGGCUCCCACCAUUCCAACAUGCAGAACUCACACCUAAAAACAACAACAAAAAGCUUCUCAUUAUUUCAGUUCUUGCCUUCUUCACUAUCAUCAUUGUCUCAGUUGUCUGUGCCGGCCUCGUGGUUGUGCUCCGUGAAGGCGGCGGCGCCACUCCGGUCGGGGGAACCCUAAUCCCCCGUAGGGCAACGCAAGCUAUUUCCAGGACUUGUGGCAAAACUCGGUUCCAGAAGCUUUGUGUCAACUCGUUCCUCCAAUUUCCUGGCUCGCUCACCGCCAGUGAGCAGGACCUUGUUCACAUGUCCUUCAAUGUCACGCUGCAGCGCUUCAACAGGGCUCUUUUUACGACUACGUCCAUCUCCUAUAUCCAGAUGGAUCCACGUGUACGGUCAGCUUACGACGACUGCCUCGAGCUAUUGGAAGAUUCCGUCGACACCCUCUCCCGUUCCCUCUCCUCCGUCAUUCCCAAUGGUAAAGGCGGGUCCACUCAGGACGUGAUGACAUGGCUUAGUGCGGCGUUGACGAACCAAGACACGUGCACGGAGGGAUUUGAUGGACUAAGCGGGGCGGUGAAGGAUCAAGUCACUGCCAAAUUGGCGGACUUGUCGGAGCUCGUGAGUAACUGUUUGUCAAUAUUCGCGGCGAGCGGCGGAGACGACUUGGGCGGAGUGCAGACGCAGAACAGGAGGCUGCUGGCCUCGGGAGAAAAUAUAGACGACCGACAUUUCCCGAAAUGGUUGAGGAGGGAAGAGAGGGAGCUACUGGACACUCCUCUGUCGGCCAUCCGCCCCGACAUAAUCGUUUCAAAAGACGGAAACGGCACCAUUAAGACCAUCGCCGAAGCCAUUAAAAAGGCACCGGAGUAUAGUACUCGCCGGACCAUCAUUUACGUGAAGGCGGGAAGGUACGAAGAGAGUAUUCUGAAGGUGGGGAGGAAGAAAAUAAACUUGAUGUUUGUAGGAGAUGGAAAGAGUAAAACAAUAAUUACAGGUGGAAAAAGUAUAUUUGACAAUAUCACCACAUUCCACACUGCUGUCUUCGCGGCAACCGGUGCCGGUUUUAUUGUAAGAGACAUGACAUUCGAGAACUGGGCUGGACCGGUCAAGCACCAGGCAGUGGCUCUACGUAUCGGGGCAGACCAUGCUGUAGUAUACAGAUGCAACAUAAUUGGCUAUCAAGACACAUUAUAUAUUCACUCCAAUCGUCAAUUUUACCGUGAAUGUGACAUUUACGGGACAGUCGAUUUCAUUUUCGGUAAUGCCGCCGUGGUGUUCCAAAAUUGUAGCAUUUACGCUCGUAAACCCUUGCCUUUUCAAAAGAACACCAUCACAGCCCAAAACCGAAAGGACCCAAACCAGAAUACGGGCAUAUCGAUCCAUGCAUGCCGAAUCCUACCGACGCCGGAUCUAGCAGCUGCCAAGGGUAGCUUCCAAACAUAUCUAGGCCGUCCAUGGAAGUUGUAUUCUAGGACGGUAUUCAUGUUAUCGUACAUGAGUGACCACAUUCACCCUAGGGGAUGGCUCGAGUGGAAUUCUACAUUUCCGGUCGAUAUGUUAUAUUACGGCGAAUACAUGAACUAUGGACCGGGUGGGGCAAUCGGCCAACGGGUGAGAUGGCCGGGAUAUAGGGUUAUCACUUCAGAUAUUGAAGCAGCCAAGUUCACAGUGGCACAAUUUAUUUAUGGAUCAACAUGGUUGCCAUCAACUGGAGUCACUUUCUUGGCUGGCCUACAAGUGUAACAUAAAUUUUAUAUUUUUUUAGGUUUUUAAUUGUCUGGAAUAUAAUUAUAUCUA